GUUGGGUUUCUUUAUAUAUAAUUCCCCUUUCCUCUCAAACCCUAAGGCUUCUCUCGCUCUUUCAAAAUCUCCGAGUUCUCAUCCUCUUCGCCUUCUCGCCUUCUCUUACAGAUUAGUGAAGAUGUUUUCAUCAAAAAAGAAGAUUCACAAAGAUAAGGAUGCUGAACCAACUGAAUUUGAGGAGUCAGUCGCCCAGGCACUCUUCGAUUUGGAAAAUACCAACCAGGAGUUGAAAAGUGACUUAAAGGACUUGUAUAUAAAUUCGGCUAUGCAAAUUGAUGUUUCUGGGAACCGGAAGGCUAUUGUCGUACAUAUCCCAUACAGGUUGAGGAAGGCUUAUCGCAAGAUUCAUGUUAGGCUUGUGAGGGAACUUGAGAAGAAGUUCAGCGGGAAGGAUGUGAUUUUGAUUGCCACCAGGAGGAUUUUGAGGCCUCCAAAGAAAGGAUCUGCUGUUCAGCGUCCGCGCAGCCGCACUCUCACAACUGUGCAUGAGGCAAUUUUGGAAGAUGUUGUAUUGCCUGCUGAAAUUGUGGGGAAGCGCAUAAGAUACAGACUUGAUGGGUCAAAGAUAAUGAAGGUAUUCUUGGAUCCAAAGGAACGCAACAACACUGAGUACAAACUGGAAACAUUUGCUGCAGUUUACAGAAAGCUUUCAGGCAAAGAAGUUGUGUUUGAGUUCCCGGUGUCAGAGGCUUAGAAUAUUAUUUAGUGCCAUUUCGCCUUUCAAAUGUUUCUUCCCAUAUCCUUUUCAAACUUCGUCAUUUUCAAAAAUUUGGAAAUUUAGGUGUUCUUAGAAUCUGGUUCCUGUUAUUUUGGAUUUGAUUUUCCCUCUGCAUUUUGGAUUGAUAGAUCCUUGAUACUGUAGUCUAAUUAGAUACUAAAUUUUGCAAA